AUGGUUGCCAAGGUUCGCGUGAGCUGCAUCAUGUUGGAUUGUGGAUCAACUAUGAAUGUACUUCCCUUAAAAACCUUGAGAGACGUUAGUUUACAUCCACACCAAUUGUCUCCGUCAUCAUUGACAAUUCAAGGUUUUAAUCAAGUCGGAGAAAAAGUAAGGGGAAGUAUUACAAUAAAAGUUGAAAUAGGCGAACUAAAUUCUGAAGCUUUAUUUCAUGUCAUUGAUUCAGACACAUCCUACAAUAUGUUGUUAGGGCGAUCUUGGCUUCAUGAAUAUGGGGUGAAUUACGCUGAUGCAAAAUUUUACAAGUCAGCUAAUGUCACAGUUUUGAAAGGGAAAUUUGAGGAGGCCAAAUGUCCUAAAAGCUCAACAUCACAAAAAUCCCUUCAAGUUAAGCAACUACCCCCUGUGAAACCUUGUCAACCAAAAGAGGAGGAUUUGAAGGGGCAUGAAACACAAGAAGAUGAAGAAAAUAUUGCUCAAAUCAAUUACCUCUCUUUUGAAGAAAGUCUGGCCGAAGAAUAUGAAGGCUCAAGCUCAAACCCUUCAGAAGAGUUUAUAGACAUUGUUCAACCGGCACCCCAAGAACUCAAAGACGGAGGACAAGCAACAGUGGAUGAUUUAAUAGAGAUCAACCUUGGAACUGAAGAUGAUCUAAAGCCUGUAUUUGUCAGUGCUCUAUUAACCAAAGAAGAAUUGCCACAGUACAAACAAGUCCUUCAUGAAUACAAAGAUGUAUUUUCUUGGGGGUAUCAAGACAUGCCAGAGUUGGACGACACAGUUAAGUAUCCCAUUUGGCUCGCAAACAUUGUCAUUGUGAUAAAGAAAAAUGGGCAACUCCGCAUAUGUGUAAACUACCAAGACCUUAAUUGGGUCUGCCCAAAGGAUGAAUUCCCACUCCCCAUCACUGAAUUAUUGGUAGACUCUACUACUGGUUUUGAUGCUUUAUCAUUCAUGGAUGGGUUCUCUGGAUGUCAACCUUUUUCGAGAUUGAUGCAGAAAAAUGUCCCAUUCAUAUGGGAUGAGGCAUGCCAAAAUGCUUUUGAAGGUAUUAAGAAAUACUUGUUACACCCACCAGUGUUGAGAGCUCCAAUUUUAGGAAAGCCAUUAAUAUUAUAUAUCACAUCACUUGACCACUCUUUAGGGGCCUUGCUGGCGCAGAACAAUGUGGAGGGAAAAGAAGUUGCUCUUUACUACCUAAGUAGAACUUUAGUAGGGGCGGAACAAAACUACCCUCCAAUCGAGAAAGUGUGUUUGGCUUUAAUUUUUGCUGUCAUAAAAUUACGACAUUAUUUACUCUCACACCCUGUGACUUUAGUGUCAAAAGCUGAUCCCUUAAGAUAUAUCUUAUCAAAGCCUGUAUUGUCUGGACGACUGGCCAAAUGGUCCAUGAUUUUGUCAGAAUUUGAAAUUAAUUUUGUCCUGCAAAAAGCAAUAAAAGGACAAGUGUUGGCUGAUUUUCUGGCAGCACACCCAAUUCUGAAUAAUAUGGAGUUGCGAGAAGAUCUUCCAGAAGAAGAAGUUUUCACUACCGAGACUUCAUCAUGGCAACUGUUUUUUGAUGGGGGCAGUAAGAAACAGUGGGGAGGUGCUGGCAUUAUCUUUGUGAUGCUGUCGGGAGGCCUGAUACCUUACUCUUUUCAUAUUCUGGCUAUAUGCACCAAUAAUGUAGCAGAAUACGAAGCAUUAAUUAUCGACCUCGAAAUUGCACUCGAAAUGAAUACAUUCGUUAUAAGUAUUUGGUGA